AUGCUCUCAUGGAAUCUUGGAAUUAAUGCAUCAUGCAUUCUCUGCCACAAUGUCUUGGAAACGAGAAACCAUCUUUUCUUUACAUGUACGUACUCUGCUGAGGUAUGGCACGCUCUUACGAGGGGACUUCUCACAAGGAACUACUCUUCGGAUUGGCAAACUAUACUCUCCAUCAUCUCCGGAAACGGCCAGUCUCGUCUCACGCUUUUCCUCAUUAGGUAUGUAUUUCAAGCUGUGAUACAUAGACUAUGGCAGGAAAGAAACUCCCGUCGUCAUGGGGAGCAGCCGCUCUCCCCAAAUCAGCUCAUUCAAAUCAUCGACAAACUUGUCCGAAAUCGUAUCUCUUCCAUACGGGCGUUAGGAGAUACAACUUACGAUGAUGUACUCCAACUUUGGUUUGAAGCUAGAAGCUAG